AUGGCAACGAGGGGUCAUUCCUCAUGCUCCUCGAUGAGUAACCACACGAAGGAGAGAGUGAACAUGGCUAUGGUGACCCUGGAGAACUUCUACUGUAACCUGAUAGACCAGCAUGAGGAGAGAGAGAUGAGGUGGGUGUUAUGGCAUUAACACACACACACACACACACACACGUAAACAAACACACACACAUGCACCAUGCUCACACAAACUGGAACUAGGAAGAUCAUUUACAUUGGAACAGUUCUGAAAAGAAAAGAUGAUGCCUUAAAACAUGUCAGAAGCUGAGAAGGCAGCACAGUGGCUUGCCACAAACAAGAGGAAGAGAUUAGAGAGACAGAGAUGUUACACAUCACUGACCUCAACGUGAUCUCUCUCUCUGCUUAGAGCCCCACCCUGCCUGGUGGAGUAAUGGUUGUGUGGUGUAACCUCACCCUGCUAAUGCAUGUAGGCAAUACAAUGCAAUAAAUCUAGUGGUAAAGAAAGUCUGAACAAUGUUUCAGUGUAUUUGUAAAAUGUACUUUUCCCAUGACCAAUUAUUUUCACAAUGCUUCUGGAAGUACUUUUAAUUUGAUAAGAUUGAUAAGCACUGUUGAGCUUCAGCCGUCUGACCAGGGUCCUGGUAUAUUCACAUUCAAUGAAUCCAGAAAUGCCAGGGAUAAGGCAAAAUGAAAUCCUUUUAAAUGUUCUGAACACCCACUGUUUAGCUUUGUGUAUGUUGCCAGAUAGUCUCUGUCAGUGCUGUUUUUUCUGUGGACGAGCGCAAGAGAGAGAGAGAGGGUGAGAGAGAAUGUGAAAAGUUGAAUGGUUUAUAUAGUUAAUACAGUUUGUUCAGGGGCUACAGUUGUAUCACAUAUUUAUCACUUUAGAAGCAGUUUCAUCUACUCACGACCGCUCAUGCUGUAAACACAGUCCAGUUCAAAGUGUAUGGCACAGAUCCAUAUAUGGCAAUGGUCUAUUUGCAUAUAGGCCUACUGCAGCUCUGAUUGGUUAUGGCGCACCGGUACAGGCCUGAGUUGUGCUUGUCAAUGCAAUAGAAUCCUACUCCGUUCUGCUUACAACAAAAACUAUUGCAUAGUUAGUUUUUGUUUUGUUUCGGUAUGUUGCAAAUAUUGCGUUGAUUCAAUCACAAUUUCCACAGUAAAGGGAAACGUUGAUAGUGUUAGCUAAUGGUGAAAACUAGACAUUUGAGUGAAGUUCAAUCUCGUGCUUCUCUGUGCGGGCUGCUAUUUCUUCUGUGGGGGAGCUGUGUGCCCGUGCUCGCACACAGCUUAGAGGGAACAUUGGUCACAGCUCAACCUACCCACCAAUGUUUGGUUUGUUUCUCUUUGAGAAUGUUUGAAUGGUUCAUUCCAAUUCUGUUACCGUUCCUCCAUAACUGUCAUGCAGAAAUGAAACAGCAGGUAGUAUAGUGAUCAGUAUGGAGCUGCAGGUUGGGAGGUGUCUUCCUGAAUCAGCAUAUUUGACCCUAACCUUUGCCUUUUGACCCUCAACCCCAAUUUUGUUGCCAGGCAACAGAAGCUGGAGAUGGUGAUGAAUGAGGAGGGACUGCCUGAUGAAGAGGUGAGUAUAGUAACACACAUACAUUUACAUUUACAUCAUUCAGCAGACGCUCUUAUCCAGAGCGUCGUGGGGGAGCUUGUUCCACCAUUGGGGUGCCAGAGCAGCGAAUAGCUUUGACUUGGCUGAGCGGGAACUGUGCUUCCGUAGAGGUAGAGGGGCUAGCAGGCCAGAGGUGGAUGAACGUAGUGCCCUCGUUUGGGUGUAGGGUCUGAUCAGAGCCUGAAGGUAAGGAGGUGCCGUUCCCCUCACAGCUCCGUAGGCAAGCACCAUGGUCUUGUAGUAGAUGCGAGCCUCAACUGGAAGCCAGUGGAGUGUGCGGAGGAGCGGGGUGACAUGAGAGAACUUGGGAAGGUUGAACACCAGACGGGCUGCAGCGUUCUGGAUAAGUUGUAGGGGUUUAAUGGCACAGGCAGGGAGCCCAGCCAACAGCGAGUUGCAGUAAUCCAGACGGGAGAUGACAAGUGCCUGGAAUAGGACCUGUGCCGCUUUCUGUUUAAGGUAGGGUCGUACUCUGCGAAUACACUAGCAGUGUCACAUGCACAGACACACACACUUACACUCACCCUGUGUUGCAGAAGCGUAUUCGGCGCUCCCAGCACGCGCGUAAGGAGACAGAGUUCCUGAGGCUGAAGAGAACCAGGCUGGGAUUGGAAGACUUUGAGUCCCUCAAGGUGAUUGGUCGAGGAGCCUUUGGAGAGGUAAGCAUACAUUGAGCUAUUGGAAUUCUAACUAGGUUAUUACAAUGUAAUUAGUUACCAUUUUACAAUGUUACCAUAGUUACCAUUUCACAGUCUGAACAUCCAAACCACAAUUUCCUAAUCCACUGUUUCAGAAAAUGUAUUGAUGAUGAUAGUGUAAAUGCCCUUCCAUUGGCUAUGACCUUGUGAACGUCUUGUUGCCAUGUUGGCUCAACUUUGACCUUUUGUCCCCUGAUUUCCAGGUGCGUCUGGUCCAGAAGAAGGACACAGGUCACAUCUACGCCAUGAAGAUCCUGCGCAAGGCCGACAUGCUGGAGAAGGAACAGGUGUGUGUGUGUGUCUCUCUCUCUCUCUCUCUCUCUCUCUCUCUCUCUCUCUCUCUCUCUCUCUCUCUCUCUCUCUCUCUCUCUCUCUCUGUGUCUCUUUAUCUUUUAUUUGCUCAAGUAUCUAAGGCCACAGGGAUACUUCACAUUCCUCCCUUAGCCUUGUCGUGUUGAAACGUAUUCCUUAUUUUCCCAACGCACUACGGAUAUUUCACUUUGUUUACAGUAAUUAAAAUGUUAUUGAACCUUUAUUUAACUAGGCAAGUCAGUUAAGAACAAGUUCUUAUUUACAAUGACGGCCUACCAAAAGGCAAAAAGCCUCCUGCGGGGACGGGGGCUGGGAUUUAAAAAAUAAAUAUACAGUACCAGUCAAAAGUUUGGACACACCUACUCAUUCCAGAGUUUUUCUUUAUUUUGACUAUUUUCUACAUUGUAGAAUAAUAGUGAAGACAUCAAAACUAUGAAACAACACAUAUGGAAUCCUGUAGUAACCAAAAAAGUGUUAAACAAAUCAAAAUAUAUUUUAUACUUGAGAUUCUUCAAAUAGCCACCAUUUGCCUUGAUGACAGCUUUGCACACUCUUGGCAUUCUCUCAACCAGCUUCACCUAGAAUGCUUUUCCAACAGUCUCGAAGGAGUUCUCACAUAUGCUGAGCUCUUGUUGGCUGCUUUUCCUUCAUUCUGCCAUCCGACUCAUCCCAAACCAUCUCAAUUGGGUUGGGGUCAGGGAUUGUGGAGCCCAGGUCAUCAGAUGCAGCACUCCAUCACUCUCCUUCUUGGUAAAAUAGCCCUUACACAGCCUGGAGGUGUGUUGGGUCAUUGUCCUGUUGAAGAACAAAUGAUAGUCCCACUAAGCCCAAACCAGAUGGAAUGGCGUUUCGCUGCAGAAUGAUGUGGUAGCCAUGCUGGUUAAGUGCGCCUUGAAUUCUAAAUAAAUCAGUGUCACCAGCAAAGCACCCCCACACCAUAACACCUCCUCCUCCAUGCCUUACGGUGGGCACUACACAUGCGGAGAUCAUCCAUUCACAUACACGCGUCUCACAAAGACACGGUGGUUGUAACCAAAAAUCUCCAAUUUGGACUCAAGUCAAAGGACAAAUUUCCACCGUUCUAAUGUCAAUUGCUCAUUUUUCUUGGCCCAAGCAAGUCUCUUCAUCUUAUUUAGUAGUGGUUUCUUUGCAGCAAUUCGACCAUGAAGGCCUGAUUCGCACAGUCCCGUCUGAACAGUUGAUGUUGAGAUGUGUCUGUGACUUGAACUCUGUGAAGCAUUUAUUUUGGCUGCAGUUUCUGAGGCUGGUAACUCUAAUGAACUUAUCCUCUACAGCAGAGGGAACUCUGGGUCUUCCAUUCCUGUGGUGGUCCUCAUGAGAGCCAGUUUCAUCAUAGCGCUUGAUGGUUCUUGCGAAUGCACUUGAAGAAACUUUCAAAGUUCUUGAAAUGUUCCGUAUUGACUGACCUUCAUGUCUUAAAGUCAUGAUGGACUGUCGUUUCGCUUUGCUUAUUUGAGCUGUUCUUGCCAUAAUAUAGACUUGGUCUUUUACCAAAUAGGGCUAUCUUCUGUAUACCCCCCUACCUUGUCACAACACAACUGAUUGGCUCAAACGCAUUAAGAAGGAAGGAAAUUCCACAAAUUAACUUUUAAGAAAGCACACCUGUUAAUUGAAAUGCAUUCCAGGUGACUACCUCAUGAAGCUGGUUUAGAGAAUGCCAAGAGUGUGCAAAGCUGUCAUCAAGGCAAAGGGUGGCUAUUUGAAGAAUCUCAAAUAUAAAAUGUUUAACACUUUUUUGGUUACUACAUUUACAUUUACAUUUACGUCAUUUAGCAGACACUCUUAUACAGAGCGACUUAUUCCAUAUGUGUUAAUUCAUAGUUUUGAUGUCUUCAGUAUUAUUCUACAAUGUAAAAAAUAGUAAAAAUUAAGAAAAAACCUAGAAUGAGUAAGUGUGUCCAAACUUUUGACUGGUAGUGUAUAUACAGUGAGGGAAAAAAUAAUUUGAUCCCCUGCUGAUUUUGUACAUUUGCCCACUGACAAAGACAUGAUCAGUGUCUAAUGUUAAUGGUCGUUUUAUUUGAACAGUGAGAGACAGAAUAACAACAAAAAAAUCCAGAAAAACGCAUGUCAAAAAUGUUAUAAAUAUUUUGCAUUUUAAUGAGGGAAAUAAGUAUUUGACCCCUCUGCAAAACAUGACUUAGUACUUGGUGGCAAAACCCUUGUUGACAAUCACAGAGGUCAGACGUUUCUUGUAGUUGGCCACCAGGUUUGCACACAUCUCAGGAGGGAUUUUGUCCCACUCCUCUUUGCAGAUCUUCUCCAAGUCAUUAAGGUUUCGAGGCUGACGUUUGGCAACUCAAACCUUCAGCACCCUCCACAGAUUUUCUAUGGGAUUAAGGUCUGGAGACUGGCUAGGCCACUCCAGGACCUUAAUGUGCUUCUUCUUGAGCCACUCCUUUGUUGCCUUGGCCGUGUGUUUUGGGUCAUUGUCAUGCUGGAAUACCCAUCCACGACCCAUUUUCAAUGCCCUGGCUGAGGGAAGGAGGUUCUCACCCAAGAUUUGACAGUACAUGGCCCCGUCCAUCGUCCCUUUGAUGCGGUGAAGUUGUCCUGUCUCCUUAGCAGAAAAACACCUCCAAAGCAUAAUGUUUCCACCUCCAUGUUUGACGGUGGGGAUGGUGUUCUUGGGGUCAUAGGCAGCAUUCCUCCUCCUCCAAACACGGCGAGUUGAGUUGAUGCUAAAGAGCUCGAUUUUGGUCUCAUCUGACCACAACACUUUCACCCAGUUCUCCUCUGAAUCAUUCAGAUGUUCAUUGGCAAACUUCAGACAGGCCUGUAUAUGUGCUUUCUUGAGCAGGGGGACCUUGCGGGCGCUGCAGGAUUUCAGUCCUUCACAGCGUAAUGUGUUACCAAUUGUUUUCUUGGUGACUAUGGUCCCAGCUGCCUUGAGAUCAUUGACAAGAUCCUCCCUUGUAGUUCUGGGCUGAUUCCUCAACGUUCUCAUGAUCAUUGCAACUCCACGAGGUGAGAUCUUGCAUGGAGCCCCAGGCCGAAGGAGAUUGACAGUUAUUUUGUGUUUCUUCCAUUUGCGAAUAAUCACACCAACUGUUGUCACCUUCUCACCAAGCUGCUUGGCAAUGGUCUUGUAGCCCAUUCCAGGCUUGUGCAGCUCGUUACCUGUAUAAAAGACACCUGGGAGCCAGAAAUCUUUCUGAUUGAGAGGGGGUCAAAUACUUAUGUCCCUCAUUAAAAUGCAAAUCAAUUUAUAACAUUUUUGACAUGCUUUUUUCUGGAUUUUUGUUGAUGUUAUUCUGUCUCUCACUGUUCAAAUAAACCUACCAUUAAAAUUAUAGACUGAUCAUUUCUUUGUCAGUGGGCAAACGUACAAAAUCAGCAGGGAAUCAAAUACUUUUUUCCCUCACUGUAAAUAUAGGACCAAACACACAUCACAACGAGAGACUACACAACACUACAUAAAGAGAGACCUAAGAUAACAAUAUAGCAUGGCAGCAACACACGACAACACAGCAAGGUAGCAACCCAACAUGAAAACAACAUGGUAGCAACACAACAUGGCAGCAGCACAACAUGGUAGCAGCACAAGACAUGGUACAAACAUUAUUGGGCACAGACAACAGCACAAAGGGCAAUAAGGUAGAGACAACAAUACAUCACACGAAGCAGCCACAACUGUCAGUAAGAGUGUCCGUGAUUGAGUCUUUGAAUGAAGAGAAGGAGAUAAAACUGUCCAGUUUGAGUGUUUUUUUUUGCAGCUCGUUCCACUCGCUAGCUACAGCCAUAGUUAUUUCUGAAUGUAGUGCUGAGUGAUUAACUGAAAUGUCAGAAUUUUUUUUGGUUAUUAAACAACAAAUUGUCCGACAUCAUUCCAAUUACUUGAAUUCCGUUGUAUAAUUUUUUUUAUAAGCCCAAUGCGCCGUAUCUCUGUAGAGAAAUCAAAUCAUUCAGGAGAGAAAUCAAGUGAAGUACUAUGUGGGACACUGGGCUGAAGGGAGUUGUAGUUUUCAUUAAGCAAAUAUUCAACCUAGUUCAGCGCAGAAACAUGGUAAUUAAGUGCAAUGACCGUAAUCAAUUGCGCCUAUUAUUUUCGGCUCGGACAGAGAUGGAUACACUUUUCUGCCUGCUACAUUAGGUUAGAUACACACAGACCGCAUAGACCGCAUGAGAGAGGAAUGUACACAACACAAAGACGAGAGAUAGGGACAGUUCGUGAAAGAAUGCCUUAUCUACUUUGAAAGACUAGUAAAAUGAUUUUGUCAGACAGCUCUGCAGCAUACUUACGCAGGCUAGCCUAGAUAAAUAGGAUGACUAAUGACAGUACAGAAUGGGGAGCACAGAGAUAACGUUGUCUGGCUGGCUGGCUGCCACUGCCUGAGCAGAGAUUAUGACUUUAAGGAAUGAAAAAUAAUAAAGUCAUCAAAUAAAACUAAGUGAUACACACAACUGAAAUAUUUUAUUUAUUAAUGUCUGCCCAGUGUGGACCUGACAGAGACGAUGGAAAAUGUUCAAUGUUUUGGCAAUUGAAUGUUCAAUAUUUUUAGUUUUGGAAUUUCCAUGUCAUUAUUUCGUGAUUCAUUUAAUGUUUAAAAAAAUAAUCGGAACCAAAAUCGAAACCGUGAUUCUUAAAAAAAAUAAUCGAAUCGAAAACGAACCAACCUCAAAAAACACUAAUCACUCAGCACUAAUGAGUGUAGAGAAAAUGUGUGUGUGUGUUAAUUCUGUGUGAUCUGUGUUGUAUUUCUAUGUUAGGUGGGGCAUAUCAGGGCUGAGAGGGACAUCCUGGUGCAGGCAGACAGUCUGUGGGUGGUCAAGAUGUUCUACAGCUUCCAGGACAAGAUUAACCUCUACCUACUCAUGGAGUUCCUACCUGGAGGUCAGUGGUGGCUGGUGGGAGGAGCUAUAGGAGGACGGGCUCAUUGUAAUGGCUGGAAUGGAAUUUAUGGAACGGUAUCAAACACAUCAAACAUAUGGAAACCACAUGUUUGACUCCGUUCCAUGUAUUAAAUUCCAGCCAUUACAAUGAGCUCAUCCUCCUAUAGCUCCUUCCACCAGCCUCCACUGCUGGAGGUGUGUGUUAUGUGUGUGUGUGUGUGUGUGUGUGCAUGUUUGCAAUCGUGUGUGUGUCCAUGUGUGUGUGUGCGUGCAUGUUUGCAAUCGCAUGUGUGUGUGAGUUAGUGUGUGUGUAUGAUGCUGAUGGUCUGUGUGGCACCCCCUGCAGGUGACAUGAUGACAUUGCUGAUGAAAAAGGACACACUGUCAGAGGAGGAGACUCAGUUCUAUGUGGCUGAGACGGUCCUGGCCAUAGACUCAAUACACCAGAUGGGCUUCAUACACAGAGACAUCAAACCUGACAACGUACUGCUGGACUCUAAGGUACACAUACACACUACCUGGUUGAAAUUACAUAAUUACAAACAGGUUGAAAUCUGGUUGAAAUUACAUCAUUACACACAGACGCGCACACACACACACACACCACAGGAGGAUGACACCAGCAUUAGAAUGUGGUGAUCUGUCUGUCUGUCGACUCUGUCUAGAAGGAUAAAACCACACACACACUGUUUCACAGUCGCCACAGGAAGUGUGAUUUCAGAAACACUCUCUGGUGUUGUCACGCAGUAUUACUAAAACAUUCCCAGGAAGUGGUGUAGCACAACUAACCGUGUGUGUGUGUGUUCCAGGGCCAUGUGAAGCUUUCAGACUUUGGCCUGUGUACAGGGUUGAAGAAAGCCCAUCGGACAGAGUUCUACAGGAACCUCAACCACAGCAUCUCCAAUGACUUC